GGCACCCGGGAAGCCGAGCGCAGGCAGCAGGAGACGGUGCAGGCCGCCCUCCAGCUUCAAACAGAGCCAGAGCUUUGGGCAGGACCUUCUGUCUGCAGCCCCCCAGCAGGACCUGAAAGGGACUCCUCUCACGAUGCAGAGCAGCCUGGCCCGAGUGGGAUGCAGCCAGGACCUGACUUAAACUGGGUGGAAUCAGGCCAGGCUUUGACCUUCAUUGGCCACCAGGAAACAGAAGGGAAAGGAAACGUUCACACAGGAGCAAAACCUCCAUGGCUAACAGAGGAAGAGGAUGGAAGUAAACAACAAAUUGGACCUUCGUAUGAGGAAUUUCUCAAACAAAAGGAGAAGCAGAAGCUGAAAAAGCUCCCAGCGGAGCGUGUGGGUGCCAACUUUGACCAUACCUCUCAGACAGGCGACAGCUGGCUCCCUUCCUUCGGGCGAGUUUGGAAUCAUGGCAGGAGGUGGCAGUCCAGGCAUCAGUUUAGAACUGAAUCGGGGGAAAAGAAGAAAAAAAGGUGAUCAGAAGAGGAGCGCCGCAGAAACCAAGCUGUGACCGUUGUGGAAGGGUGGACUGUAGGUAGCUGCAGCUUUGCUGGUGCCGCUGCCACCGCCAAGUUUAGCGCUCUUACUUAAUGCAUACAUCCAGAUGUGUUCACCCCUGGAAGGCAGGAUGACCAGAGCAUAAUACUGAGUUGAGCACUGUUAUUGAAAGCUCCUCUGCCAGGGGGUGUCGCAGCAGAUCCACUUCCCCUGUAACGGACACACAGCGUGUAUCUGAGCAUCGAUUUCUGAAGUCUUAAGCAACACGAAGGCAGAUCCUGCCAACAAGGAAGGUCUCCUGCCUAUGCUGUUAUCUUCACAAUCAGAAAGCCUACCUUGUACAGCGUGUGCUGCCCGUGUCCUACACUGAUGUGUAGCAUGGCAUCCCGUUAAAGAAAUUUUUGAGAAAUACUUUUUUUUUUUUUAACCUGUGUUGGUAGACCAACUGAAACUUGCUUCAGGUGCAGGGCCUGCUCUGGGGGCAACUGAUGACUUGCUCCUGAUAUUUUCAUUCUAAUUUAUAUUACUUUCACUCGUUCUGCCUCACCUAAAGGACGACUGAUUAGUCCUCAGUAGAAGAAAGGAGGCCUUAAAGACCUUUGCUGUGGGCAGCUGUUACUUUUAAUUUAAAUAAAAUACAUACAGCCUUAUUUAGAGCUGCUUAUCUAUGCUUCCCCACUAGAUGCUGACCUGAUAGAUGCUGUUGCCUUGUACACAGAGAGAUCUGUGGGCACGGCUUGGUUAGAGGGAGUUUAAAUAAUGAAAAUAUCCCACUAGCACCUUCCCUACCUACAAUGCAAGAAACAGGCUUCAAUUUUCCUCCUACUAGAACCAAAUAUGGUUUAACGUCGCUGGCUGGCUGCUGUAGGCGAUGCCCAAGUUCCUUCCAUUUUCGCAAUACAAAAGCGUGUUCACGGUACAUUCGUAACACUGUAUAAAUGC